UGUUGGCUGAACCUGCCGAUAGAUGUUAUAGGACUUAAUGCGACGUCAAAGCCAGGACGCCCCAGUGAACUUGGACAGGUAGCUCUUCAUUGUAUCCCCAAUAUGGCUUCUUCCGGAUACCCUGAUAACUGGUAUGACCACCCCAUGUAUGCCCGUUACUGGCAACACUACCACCAGGCAAUGAGCUGGUACCAGAAGCAUCAGCAAGCAUACAACAAAGCCAUGGCGGCUGCCUACGGGCCCAUGAUGUUCCCUGCCCACCACAUGAACUUUCCCACCCACCUUGCCAGCCGGCAGCGCAAGGUGGGUGGGGGCUCGAAGGAACCCGAGCAGGGCGUCAGAAGCCGCUCUGGCAGUGAGAAGGAAGAGGAGGACUCUUCCGGGGAGUCGGGGAGCGAGAUCGAGUGUGACGUCACAAACAUGGAGAUAUCGCAGGAGCUGCGCGAGUUCUUCGCCCAGACUGAGCGGCAUAGAGAGGAGUUGAAGAAGCAGCAAGAAGAGGAGGCUGUCCGUCACGAGGCCUACGUCGCGGCCGACCAGGACCUGCACGAGGCCCGGCAGACGGACAAGCGCAGCAAGGCGCCGCCGCUGGAGAGACCCGGGGAGCGCAGGAACGCGGAGAUGAAGAGGCUGUACGGCGAGAACGCCCCCCGCAUCCAGGCCAUGGAGACCGCCAUGCAGCUCAACUUCGACCGCAACUGCGACCGCCUGCAGCCCAAAUACUGGCCCGUCAUACCGCUCAAACUGUGAGGUUGUCUGGCCAGUUGACACACUGCCAAUCUAAACGGACUUGUUUUCAGUUUUCGCGCACUAUUUUUUUGUACUGAAUGAAUGUGUUUUGUACUGAACUUUUUUUAUGAACUUGUUUGCGAAAUGUGAAUAAAUGUCAUUUCUGGUCAUGUUCUAAGGUUAUGUGUUUUGCUGUGGUCCACAACCGUAUGAAUAUUAAUAAAUUGCAUUAUUAUCCAGCACAAGGUCUAGGUUAUAAUUACUCAUGAAGCUGAAGCUGGGCGGAAAUACACCAGGUUCUGGCGAGAGUCAGGUUAACUGCCGCUGCACACAGAAACCAUGCCCUCAUGCCAACAUUUGACGAUUAGGAUUAAGGGAAUGAAGAGGUUUAGAUGACCCCGUCAACAUGACAUGUGACAGGUAUUCCCAAGGCAUCAACUAUUGAGACCUGGUCGAGUGGCAUUGAAGAAUGAUGCCAGGGUUAUG